AGUGAACAAGUCUUCUCUCACUCUGGGAGCACCGUAGUAGUUUGCUUGAUACAUUCUACAGUCACGCCCUCUCCAUUGGUACUUCUAGCAGAGAAGCAAAAUGAGAAUGAACAUCCUGCUGUUGAACAUCUGCGUCUACGCAGCUGUCACUUCACUAGUCAUGUCUCUUCCCAGUCAACACUUGAUUCAAACUCGAUCUCAGAAGUUAUGUGGAUCUGAGCUUGCCCAAGCACUUUCCAUAGUGUGUGGUGGUUUCUAUUAUCCUCCUCCUCAUAAGAGGCCCGACAGAGAAUUAUUCGACAACGAGCUGAAUACAGUUCCCUGGUGGCGAUUGAUGAAAGAUCUACAGAUUCCCUCUGACGUCGGAUACCUCGACGGCCAUAUAGCCACGUCGUUAUUCCAUAAGCGAGACAGUUUAUCUCGUCAGACUCGAGGUGUUUCAGACGAAUGCUGCGCGAAAAGUUGUACAAUAAAUGAGUUAAUGUCAUACUGUGGUUCUGCUGGAAAGAAAUAAAUAUCUCUGAUUACUCUCAAGAAAAAAAGAAUACGAUUUUCACUGUAGUAUAUAUAUCUUUUCUCUGUUUUUUCGACAUGGUUGUUUUAUGGAAUUCUGAGCAUAAGCCAAAGGUUAUUAUUUGAAGUUUUAUUUCUGAUUUGUAAAGUUCGUAAGUUUCACUUUAUACACUACUCGACGAUGCCUUCAGGGACGAGAAGAAUGAAUAUGAUUGACUGUGGAAAGAGUUUACUUAUACAUGUUUCUGUGAUGAGAAAUAAAUGAAUUAUUUCAAUGAGAA